AUGUCGACACCAGCUAGGAGAAGACUUAUGAGAGAUUUUAAAAGAAUGAAGGAGGAUGCUCCACCUGGAGUUUCGGGAUCUCCAUUGCCUGAUAACGUAAUGAUUUGGAAUGCUAUGAUAAUCGGUCCUUCCGAUACCCCAUAUGAAGAUGGAACAUUUAGAUUAUUGCUAGAAUUUGACGAAGAAUACCCUAACAAGCCACCUCACGUUAAAUUUAUUAGUGAAAUGUUCCAUCCUAAUGUUUAUGCAAAUGGUGAAAUAUGUUUGGAUAUCUUACAGAACAGGUGGACUCCGACAUACGAUGUCGCUUCGAUACUGACUUCUAUCCAAAGUUUGUUCAAUGAUCCAAAUCCAGCGUCACCUGCAAAUGUUGAGGCAGCAACUUUAUUUAAAGACCACAAGUCUCAAUACAUAAAAAAAGUACAGGAGACUGUAGAAAAAUCGUGGGAAGAUGAUUUAGAAGAUAUGGACGACGACGAUGAUGAUGAUGAAGAUGAUGAUAACGAAUGA